CGGCAACAUCGAACACAAUCGCGCCGUGACCUCCAGCGCAGUUUUUCCCCUCAAGCCCGAACAACAUGCUGCUUCAUGAGUUUCGCAUUCCUUUGCACAUGAAGGUCGAAGAGUUUCAGAUUGCCGAGCUGUACAUGACACUGGCAGACAACGUCCGAGUUCUGAAGAACGAGCCGUACGACAACCGCGAUGGCCACCUCGGCUUGACGUCGACUGUGUCGGGGCAACCAAUUCCGCGAACUCACGGCCAGUGUACUGUGAAGUGCUACACGUUUGAGGACGUUCCCGCGAUGCUUUCAGCGUUGCUUCCCCACGGGCACACGACGUUGGUCGAGGAGACUUGGAAUUCGUACCCCACGAGCACGUCGUACUUGACCAGUGCAUCCUCGCUCAUUUCCAACUCCAAGUUUGUUGUGACGUGCGAAUCCGUGCAUCUUCCUGGUUACUGCGAGCACGAGAACGCCCUUGGUCUGUCUAAGGAAGAUCUCCACCGUCGAACGGUGCAAGUGCUGCAUAUUCACCGGCCACUACAUCCAACUCAAACCCUCAACAGUCCAUGGGACCCCAGCACGUACACAUGCACCAAGAGCGGGCGCGGGCCGCUCACGGACGGCUGGGAACUCCGGCAGUCGCCCGCCAUGACCGUGUAUAAAGUGAUGCGUAUUCAGUUCGACUACGUUGGCGUGCGCCACAAGAUGGAGCGUGUGAUCUGCGACCACCUCGAGGCCGUGCUUCAUCGAUCGAUGCGGCGGCUUCAGUGCAUGUCGCAUCGUUGGUACAACCUGUCGAUGGCAGACAUUCGCAUUCUCGAAGCUGUAUUCGAGUUCAAGCGCUCCAGGCCAUGAAGUUCCCUUGUCCAUGUCAAUUAGUCCCGUAAAACGAAUUUGGUGUGCUUUGAGC